AUGUUCUCAGCUUCGCAAGGUUCGAUGUCGGCGUGUCCAGCGUUCAGCAGCGGACCCAGCAAGAGACUCUCAGCCCAACAGAGCCGGCUCGGUGGAUCUCAGUUGACUCCGCGGUCGUGGAAUCUCCUGACUGGAUCUCGUAUGGCCAGGGUGGACGACAAGAGCCGCGGCUUCAACAUGUCCAACCUGUCUCGCUCCACGGACACGCUUGCACCACCUUUGCGCCAUGAAACCAGCUGUAGGCCGAGUAGGCUGAGUAGGCUAGAGCAGUAUGCCCUGCUGACGUGCUCUGAGGAGACUCGGCUGGACCUACGCAUGAACCCAGAAAAAGGCCCUUCUGCGGCCGAGUGGUUGGAGGCUUGGAGAGACCCUUGUGACCGCGAAAAGCGGGAGAGUCUUGUUGAGUCUUGUUGCAGCUUUCCAGAUUUUCCAGUUUUGUGCCAGGCUGCAUCAGCAGAGGAGAUCGCGUGGGUCUUGCGGGAAUACGGCGACGACUUCCAGGUUCCCACCCUCCCCCCCCGGGCGCGCCCCCCUCUGCAUUUUGAUGACUCCCCUUACUGA